CAAACAGCUUUUCGAUCGGUCCUUCGGAGAAGGCGGAAGAUCUGACAGCCGGAAGGAAGCUCUUCUGCGAGGUAGAAAAUUAGCUAGCCAGUAGGAUUGGAACGGGAUACAGCUACCGAACAUAUUUUACAACUUGUUUUAAAUUACAAUCCGCUGAACCUCCGUUGCAAUGAUUCUACUGGAAAUCAACAACCGCAUUAUUGAGGAGACGCUGUCACUCAAAUUUGAGAGCGCUUCAAACGGGAACAAGCCUGAAGCGGUGGAAGUCACAUUUGCAGACUUCGAUGGCGUCCUUUACCACAUUUCCAACCCUAAUGGUGACAAGACCAAAGUGAUGGUCAGCAUCUCACUGAAGUUCUACAAGGAGCUGCAGGAGCACGGUGCUGACGAGCUGUUGAAGAGGGUGUAUGGGAACUUUCUGGUGGCUCCUGAAGACGGCUACAACGUGUCCCUGCUCUUCGACCUGGAUUCUGUGCCAGCCAAUAAGGAGGACGUGGUGCACCAGGCGGGCAUGCUGAAGAGGAACUGCUUUGCCUCCGUCUUCGAGAAGUACUUCAAGUUCCAGGAGGAAGGCCGUGAGGGAGAGAAGAGGGCCGUCGUCCACUACAGAGAUGACGAGUCCAUGUACCUCGAGGCGAAAAAGGACCGUGUAACGGUGGUCUUCAGCACUGUGUUCAAGGACGACGACGACGUCAUCAUCGGGAAAGUGUUCAUGCAGGAGUUCAAAGAGGGCCGGCGUGCCAGCCACACCGCCCCCCAGGUGCUGUUCAGCCACAGAGAGCCCCCCCUGGAGCUGAAGGACACCGAUGCGGCGGUGGGAGACAACAUCGGAUACAUCACCUUCGUCCUGUUCCCUCGUCAUACCAACACCAACGCCAGAGAUAACACCAUCAAUCUCAUCCACACCUUCCGCGAUUACCUGCACUACCACAUAAAGUGCUCCAAGGCCUACAUCCACACCCGCAUGAGGGCCAAGACCUCCGACUUCCUCAAGGUCCUGAACCGCGCCCGGCCUGACGCGGAGAAGAAGGAGAUGAAGACCAUGUCGGGCAAGACAUUCAUGCGCUAAGCGGCCGGACGAGUCUGGACACUUCAGACGAGCAUCAACCCCCCCCCCCCCCCCACCCCCAACCCCCCCGCCACCAAUCAGAUCCCUCUUUGGCCAGCGUGUUCAGCGCGUUCCAGUAGAAGCUCACGUUUCCAUGCGGGGGAUCUGUGAGGAAAAUAAGGAAUCCAAUAAGAGCAUUCAUUACUUUGCGUAGUUAGAAAGAAGGGUCACUCUUAGUCACGUAUCCGUGUAUAAAUGAGUUUUUUUUGAUACAGUAAGAUCUUUUAUUCUAUUGGACAUUUGGUCACUUUGCCUUGCCACUUCUCUGCUGAUACCCAACAGUGUUGCUAGAAAAAUGCAGUAUCCCUUUUUUCUUUUGGUAACUAUGGCUAUGUAUUGUCUGUACCAUUUUGAAAUCACGUGUUGGUAAGAAAAUAAACCAGUCUUAUAAAAAAAAUUAAAAAAAAA